AUGGUGUUAGAUGCCGCUGAGGAAGUGAUGAUGGCCUGUAAGCGCUGUGUGGCCCUUGAAUUCAAAGUGAAGAAGCUGGAGGCUGAGUUAUCGUGCUCUAAUGAGAGGAACCACAAGCUGAGUAAGGAGGUUCGAGACCUACGAGCGUCCAGGCAUGAGUGGGAGGAUCAACGGGAUAAGUAUAUUGACAGACUGGCGAGAGUUAAGGAGUGGGUGAAGAUGACAAAAGUUAAACACAAGAUGGAGAAGGAGGCUCUCAUGAGGGCACAUGAGGAGGAGCUAGUCAUGGCACUUAGUCGUCACAUGGAAUCUCAUAAACACAAUAAAGGACUCGAUGAUGAUCAGAGGUUAGCAGAGGGGAAGAGGGGCCCUCCUUGGAUUCCUCCCGAGUAUGUCAGUCGCGUCCUCUGGGGUGGUAUGAUAAGGCAUCCCGUUCAGAGUAUGGAGUCCCCUACUCGUCCCUCACCGGUCAGCUGGACGAUAUCUGUUACCGAUCUCACACCUCGCAAGAUCAACAACAGCCCUCGACAGCUCACAAAUAGAAAUCCUCGAAAAUCUAGCGACAACCAUCAACAUGUUAAGGAGGCUCCUCGACGAUCCAGCAACGCCCCUCGAGGGACCAGCAAUACCCCUCGAGAGACCAGCAAUACUUCUCGAGAGACCAGCAAUACCCCUCGAGAGACCAGCAACACCCCUCCAGUGGCCAACAAUACCCCUCGAGUGAUCAGCAAUACCCCUCGAGGGACCAGCAAUACCCCUCGAGGGACCAGCAAUACCCCUCGAGGGGCCAGCAAUACCCCUCGAGGGACCAGCAAUACCCCUCGAGGGACCAGCAAUACCCCUCGAGGGACCAGCAAUACCCCUCGAGGGACCAGCAAUACCCCUCGAGGGACCAGCAAUACCCCUCGAGGGACCAGCAAUACCCCUCGAGGGACCAGCAAUACCCCUCGAGGGACCAGCAAUACCCCUCGAGGGACCAGCAAUACCCCUCGAGGGACCAGCAAUACCCCUCGAGGGACCAGCAAUACCCCUCGAGGGACCAGCAAUACCCCUCCAGUGGCCAGCAAUACCCCUCGAGGGACCAGUGACAGACCAGAAGAUUCGAUCACACCGAAGACAGUCCCUACAAACUACCAGGACUGCAAGGGAGCCUUGAAGAAGAAAGACUUUAAUGCAGCGCUCGAGGCCGUCAUGUCGUUGGUGGAAAAGCAUAAUACUGAAGCCAAGAAUAUGAUGGCAUCAGCUGGAGUCGCCGAAAUAUUUCACAGUGCUGUUGAUGAUAAGGAGGGAGACGAGCCGAGCAAAGGCGUCAGCUCAGAGGAGCAGCAGCCCCAGACGGUUAUACCCGAUGUGGUUGCCUCUGAAGACAGCUUUGUGUCACCGGAUGAGGGGGAGGUGGAUACAGUAACUGUUACACCUCCCAUAGUGGUAUCGGCUAGCAAUGUGGUGAAUGAGGCAAAGCCCAAGACCGUCCUGGACAUGCCUGUAGUGGCAGAACGGAGUAGAUCGUACUCAGUAUCGGUACCAUACGUAGGACGGAGGUCGUCUGCUCAGUUGGGCCUUCCACAGCCACCAUCGGCGUAUUGGGUGCCAAACGCUGGUACUAUGUUUACUACUGCAGCAAGAGGGGAUGCUGGACCGACCACUGUAGAGGCCCCAAAGGGUAUGUCGAGGCGGUCUUUCGCCGGGCCGCUGCCUGAGAUAAGGCAGUCCAGGGCUUCAUCCCUCGUCUCGAGCGUACUUGAUGGUAUUGUAUUUGAGAUGCCACGUCAUGUGCAACUUCAGGCCUCGACAGGUUACGUUGGUAUACAACCCCGAAUCGGCACUGCUUCCCUCCCCUUCCCGUUACUACCUCUUAACUCGGAUAGACGACAUUCUAUGAUAGAACGAUGCAAUCACGAUCGCGUCAACAAGAGGCCAUACCAAGAUCGUCAAGAUCAUCACGAUCAGCCCUUCACAUUUUAUCGAUAUAUGCUAUCCCGCCUUUCUGCCCUUUUCUCCUCGCAAGGGAGCAGUAGAGGGAGUGGACGGGCUGGCUCAUCCGAGUCAAGUGAACCAAUGACCCCACCAGAGACCGUCCCCAGCCCCCUUAGGGCUCCACCACCACCACCUCGUAGGAUGACUGGUCGAUCAUCAUCAGGAGGUGGGCGGAUGGGCAGUACCCCAGGGAUGAGUGGGCGUCUUGCGGCCAAGACCUCCCCAGCGGCGGCCCCAUCAUCGGCAUCUAGCUCCCCAAUGAGCCCACCGAUAUCGGUACCUACCCCGAAGAGGGCACCACCACCGCCACCUGGCAGGGGGCGAUCUCCGCCAAGCGGUUUUCGUGGGAGUAGGGCCAAUCAGGGGGGCACCGAGGCAGCAACAGCCGCCACCUCCGAGGAGGAAGAGGAGUACAUCAGGGAAAAGGGUAGGACGUGGUGGUGGUGUGUCAGAAGGAGGCGGCAAGAAACGGAGAAUGGUAACUCGAGGUUCCGCCCUGGCACGAAAGCCCUGAAGGAGAUUCGUCAAUUCCAACGUACUACCGAGCUCUUGGUCCCGAAGGCCCCCUUCGCCAGAGUUGUUCGUGAAAUACAGUUACUAUUUGCAGGAGAGGAAUGGAGGUGGUCCCGUGAGGCCCUUAUAGCAUUACAAACAGCAGCUGAGGCUUACCUUGUGGGACUAUUCGAAGAUGCAAUGUUGGUAGCGGUCCAUGCCAAACGGGUUACAUUGAUGGCUAAGGAUAUUCGUCUCGUCCGUCCCAAGGAUGCCACAACCAAUAAGAGUGGUUUUAUACGCUUGUAG